AUGAACAACACUCUUAUCUCUGGUCUAACCAACGAAUCUACGUGCAAUUAUCACCCCAUGCUCAAAGAUUUUAGAGUAUCGACCGAACGGGACUCGAUUAGACGAUCGAGAUACUAUCGGCGUGGUUAUAAUAAGAAACCAGAGGACGAUGUCCCGGACUACAUGGACGAUCACGAUGAUCACGACGAUCACCAUGAUCACGACGAGGAGGACGAUCAUGGUGAUAUGAAAGCGAUAAGUCAACCGAAAGUCGAUUAUUGGGCCGGUUAUUAUGAUUUUCUUAUAAACGAGGGAAGUUACAAGUUUUGGGCCGUUUUUCAACUAGCCACCGCGGCUCUAUUAAUUUACAGUGGAUUUGCCGCGUUAUAUUACGCUAAAGUGAACCCACCGACGACCGACGAAGAUUACGACGAUAUAUUCCGUCGAAGACGAAGGAAACGUUAUGCCCUUUCACCUUCUGCUCUGGACAGACCCUUUUCCGGAUUAGACGACGUUACCUUUCAAAGGAUACUCGAUUCUAUCGCGAGAGAAAUCCAUUGA